AUGGCCCGUAACAGCAAGAACAAGUCCAGCGACACCCUCGGUCAGCGUCUGGCCCUCGUCGUCAAGUCCGGAAAGAUCUCUCUGGGCUACAAGACUUCCCUCAAGUCUCUCCGCAGCGGCAAGGCCAAGCUGAUCCUGAUCGCUGCCAACACCCCUCCUCUCCGCAAGUCUGAGCUCGAGUACUACGCCAUGCUCAGCAAGGUCCCCGUCCACCACUUUUCGGGCAACAACGUCGAGAUGGGAACUGCUUGCGGUCGUCUCUUCCGCUGCGGAACCAUGGUCAUCCUCGAUGCCGGUGACUCCGACAUCCUGUCCGACCAGACUCUCAACGGUUAA